AGUCCGUCCACAUACACAUAUAAUCGCAUUUCAUAUCUUCCAUGUUUUCACUUUACUAAAAAGCUCCACUUCCUGUGUCAAUUACCUUCAACUUCUCAAGCUAUACUGUUUUUUUUCUCUCGUUCCAAAUUCUUGGUUUCUUUCCCGCCGUUUUGCAAAACCCACAGAAAUGGUUGGGACGAGAGCAUCAAAGCGUCGAUGUCCAUCAAAGAAUAACACAGAAGUCCAAAGCGAUCUUAAUGAGAAACUUCCAGAAUGUGUAGUACUGUCAGACUCGCAUUCUUCAGAUUCCAGUUGUGAUUCCAGCUCACCGAUUGUCAAGAGACAAAGGAAGACGAGGAGGAAAGUCUUGGAUCCUUCCCAAAUUGAGUCAUCGGAAAAUGCUCAGUUCUAUUCCUUAAUAGCAAAGAAAGCCUUUGAGAAAAUCCAUUCCGCCCAAUUCAAUCUCUCUGCAUUUUCUGUCGACACAAACGGUAAAAAGUAUUUGAAAUAUCGGCAUCGUCUGCAUCACCCUGUUCCUCUUCAUCUUUUCAUCAAUGACUUGUAGGGACACUGUAUUUUGUUAUGCAACCAUAAUAUUAAACGUUUUUUUUUUAUAAGUCAAUACCAUGUUCUACUGUGUUAACAGUGC